GAAGUGAAGGAGCCGCGUGAGACAGGAGUGUGACGUCUCUGUUCUGUGCAUUGCUCUUUGCCUUGUUCGUCAUGGCGCCAACCUAGAACGGAAGACGCCUCGUGGCAAGUCAGAGGCUGAUGCUGAGGGUGAAAAGGCACCAUUGUGGUUUAUCAGGCUGCUUACUGUCUUCACACGCAUUAACCUCGAGCUGGUUUUCUUUCCGGCUCCGCGAACCAAGACGAGGCUUGAUGCGCGGGGCAGAGACCCUGCGGCGGGAGAGUGUGGCACGGAGGCGUGAGGACCACCGCGGAGCAACGGAGACAAACAGCAGAGGAGGCGCAUCGCUGCCUCCGUAACAGUCCUGCAGGAGGCGAACCGAGUACCGAAAACUGUACCUCACGAGCAUGACUGAACCUACACGUGUUGGCCCGCGCGUUUUCUGUUAGGUGCAUAGAAAACGGGGUUCAGCCGCGAAGAUGCUGGUGCCGCGGCGAUGGUGCUCUGAGCCUGACAGCUCAGUGUGUCGCGCGGAAUGUCGAGUGGAGGAUGUGUCUGGGGUGGCUGUGAGGCCUCCCCGCCGUGCAACGUCCGAGACGGCGAGUUGUUGUAGAAGUGCCAAUAUGACGCCACCGUGGGCAGACACUGGCACGCCCGCGAGGUGCCUUACUCAGAGAAGACAUGCAGUGUUAUUAAGGGACGGCGCGCCCUUGGCGAACAAAUCCGUAGUGUGUGUGACGGGAAGCUCACGGGCUUCCGAGGAGUGCAUCAAAAGUGUAGAUACUAAGUCCCUGGCUGGAUCCAGGGCCACGGUGCGCCAUCCUCCUCAGAACACAGUCUUGUCAGCCCCCACCACGCGUCCCUCUGCUCCGCACCACGUCCCUCACUUGUGGCUCCGGAGAGCCUGGCUGGUGACGCUGCUGGUGGUGGUCUCGGUGGGGUUGCUGGGAACGCCCGUAGCGGCCAACACGCCGCCGCGGUUUGUUUUGGACGGCCAGAGUGAAAUAGUGAUCCGCCUGACGGAGGGAGAAGCCACGCCUGCAGGCACGAAAAUCUACACCUUGAAAGGCCAAGAUCCUGAUGGAGACUCCUUGACCUUCGGCGUGAGGGGUGUGGAGGGGCGCGACCUGCUGAGGAUUGAGCAGAACGGCGCCACGGAAGCUUUUGUGUACCUGAGGAAAGCCCUGGACAGAGAGGUAAAUGAUGGGGAGUAUGAGGGAUGUGUGAGUGCAAUAAUACCUCAUCACCUGAGCACCGUCCUCGCCCCCACCACUAAUCCUUGGCUCUUCUCCCUCCCGCAGGUCAUUUACAGGCUGGAGGCUGACACGGAAAGUGACUUGGAGAAGUUUACCGUGAACACCGUGGACGGAAAGGGAGUGCUGAGGCUCAACGGGGACCUCGAUUAUGAGAGGAAAUCCCUUUAUCAGCUCAGGGUGUUGGCGGUGGACCGGGCCAUCAGCGGGCGGGUGAACACGGCCACGGCGGCGCUGGUGGUGCGGGUGGGUGACGUGGAGGACCAGCCGCCGCAGUUCAUCCAAGCGCCGCCCGUCACCCGUAUCCCUGAGGACAUUCCCGUCAACUCCGGCGUGCUGGAGGUGAAGGCCGUGGAUGGUGACCGUGGAGUGAACAACCGCAUCACUUACUCUGUCUUGGAUGGCGACAAGGGGCUCUUCCAACUCGACCCUAACUCUGGCGUGCUGUACGUGAGGAGGCCGCUGGACAGGGAGAGCCCGCUGUCCAACAAUGGGGCGUUCAUCAUCAAGAUACAGGCGGAGGAGCAAAGCGAGGUGGUGUCCCCGCCGCCCACCAUGACCACAGAGGUGACGGUGUUGCUGGAGGACGUGAACGACGAGACGCCCACCUUCAAGGCCGCUCACUACGUCGGGGAGAUCUCAGAGGGCUCCCAGUACAACAGUCCCGUCAACCUGCUGGGCGACGCCAUCCCCGAAGUGUACGACCAUGACCAGGGUAACAACGGCACCUUCCAAAUGUACCUGGAGGGCGAUGGUGGAAUGUUCGGCGUGACUCCUCCUGAAGGGGUGAAUUUUGCCUCUUUCCUCAUCCGCGUCAGGAACCCGUCGCUUCUAGACUACGAAAAGGUCAAAGUGGUGAAUUUCACGGUGGUGGCGAAAGAGACGGUGGCCGAGCAUCCCAAGUCCUCCUCGGCGCUUGUCACUGUCUACAUCCGCGACACCAACGACAACUUUCCUACGUUUGGCGAAGAGUCUUACGAGGUGUUCAUCCCCGAGGACGCUCAGGUGGGGACAACAGUGGCCAGGAUUCAAGCGCGUGACCCAGACAGCGACAAAUUUGGUACUGAGGGCAUAAGAUACACCGACUUGCGAGGCGCUCUGGCCGACAAGCUGGAGAUGGACCCCGAAACAGGCUUCAUCACCCUGAGGGAGUCCGGGGCGCUGGACAGGGAGAGUAUGGCUGUGCACUACCUCACCGCGGAGGCCAGGGACGACAUGGGCAAUGGCAACAGGAACACGGUGGUGGUGAAGGUGGUGGUGGAAGAUGUGAACGACCAUCCCCCGGUGUUCCUGCAGCCCCGCUACGAGGCCCGCAUCCACGAGAACGCCGCCAAUUUUCCAGAGCCGCUCAUUGUUACUGCCAGGGACAACGACCUCAACGGUACCAGGAACCAUGAGGUGCGCUACGUCCUGAUCGCCGGUGACCCUGGCAGGAACUUUACCAUCGACGCUCAGACUGGCCGCAUCACACCUGUCUCCCCGCUGGACUUCGAAGCCAUCCCGCAGGAGGGAGACUUGAGGUCCUUUAAUCUGACCGUCAAGGCGUAUGAUCUCGGUGAGCCGCCCCUGAGCAGCGAGGCGGUCGUGGUGGUGUUUGUGGUGGACGAGAACGACCACGCCCCGCAGUUCGAUAGGUCCCUGUACCCUAAGAUGAUCCCGGAGGACACACCCCCCGGCACCUCCGUCACCCAGGUAUUCGCCGAGGACCUGGACGGGUCGGAGGUGAACAGCAAGGUAGUGUUUCGAAUCCAGCACGGCGCCCAGGACAAGUUCGUGAUGGAUGCCGACAGUGGCGUGAUAUCCGUGGCCCAGUCCCUGCGCCAUUGGGAAUUUGCUAUAUGUAUUCGUAAACGAGGCACAGCUGGACAGACAGGUGCGCAGAGACAGGUGCGCAGUUCAGCCAUGACCACCAAAUUCUUGACGCCAAGAAUUGCGAGCGUUGCGGAAAACCUGCCAACCUCAACUUUAACCAGAAAUUGUGGCGCUGUAAUAAAAUGCGAAUUUGAUUACUGGGAAAUCAUCGCUCCUGCGAUGGAAGUCAGUGUACAAUCGAGAAGAGGACCAGCCAGGCCCUUCAUCAUUUCGUUAAGGAUAUAUGAGAAUGUCAACAGUGGCUUCUAUGUGCACCGAGUGGAGGCGGUGGACCUUGAUGCUCAGCCCAGACUCCGGUACUCACUUGAUCCCCAGAAUUCAGAGGCCAGGAAUGAGGAAGGGGCCAUUGUCAAGCCAACUGAAUACAACUAUAUGAGUGCUUUUGAAAUGAAUGAAGUGGAUGGUGUGAUCCGCACUGUGAUACCUCUGGAUCGAGAGCAAGUAGAGAUGAUCCGCCUAGGACUAAUAUGUGAGGACUUGGAGGCUUCUACAGAGAAGCAAACAGCCACAGCCACACUUACUAUCCUUAUAGAGGACACCAAUGAUAAUGAUCCAGAGUUUCGGAAGCCAUAUUACCGGAGAAGUCUUGCUGAAAAUUCCAAGAAAGGGACAACAGUCGCAUCUGUAGUGGCUGAUGACAUUGAUAAAAACCGGACUAUUACAUACUCUAUGCAGGGUCCCAAGGAAGUGCUGUCUCUUGUCCAACUUGACAGAGAGACCGGAGAGAUUGUUGUUGUGGAUCGAGUGGACAGGGAACAGUUUGCAUGGCUGAACUUCUCUGUGGAGGCCACAGACUCUGGUGUGCCUCCUCGGUCAAGCUUUGUUGAUGUUGUGGUUCAGGUUAUAGAUGAGAAUGACAACAAUCCUACCUUUAUCAACCCAUUGUCCAACCUGACCAUAAGAGAAGAUGCUCCGCCAGGCACUUCAGUAACAACAGUCACUGCCACUGACCCCGACUCAGAUGAUUAUGGCCUUGUUACCUACUUAUUAGACAGAAAAUCAUCUUACGGAAAAUUUGAGAUUGAUCCAGACACUGGUGUCAUUACCGUGGCCUCUGCCUUGAACCGGGAAGAGAGGAGCACUUACAACCUCCUCAUUGAGGCUUGGGACAACUACCAGUUUGGAUAUGCAACAGGGGAAUCUAGGAAUGCCUUUAUGCAGCUUGGGGUAACAGUUGCUGACAUCAAUGAUGAAGUGCCUGUGUUUGAGGAACGGGAAGAAUGCACCAUGAUCACCGAGUUUCACCGGCCUCGGGAAACCAUCACUGUGGUGCGUGCCACUGAUGGUGAUGACAUAAAUUCGCCCAAUGGCAGGAUCCUAUUUUCCAUUGAAGGUGGAAAUGAGAAAGGUCUGUUUGAGAUACGCAAUAUAGAAAAAACAGCAGCUGAAAUAUAUGCUGCCAAGCCUCUUGUAGCCCAGUAUGGAAAUUAUUCACUGCAGAUACAAGCACAAGACAGAGGAUUCCCACCAAACUCCGUCUUGUCUCAUGUUAAUAUAUGUGUACUAGACUUCAAUGACCAUGCUCCAGAAUUUGUCUCUCCAUCUGAAAAUGUUACAAUCAAAGUGCCAGAGAAUGCUACUGUUGGGAGCCUGGUGAUACAGGUGAGAGCUACGGAUCAGGACAUUGGCAUCAAUGGAGCAGUACGUUACAGGAUCCUAAAAGAUGGUCUGGGAAACUGGCAGACCUUUACCAUAGACCAGACAACAGGAGCCAUACUGCUGCAAAAGCCUCUGGACAGAGAAAGGCAGAAGCUCUAUGAGAUAAGAGUUGAGGCAUAUGACCAGGGAACACCAACACCACUUUCCAAUGAUCUUGAUCUUGCCAUCUAUGUUCGAAAUGUCAAUGACUAUGAACCACAGUUUGUUCAAGAUGAAGUUGUCAUGAAUUUCACAGAACACAAGUCACCAAGAGCAGAACGCUUCAAGUUAGUAGACACAGUUGACUUGGAUGAUGUGGAUGAAGAGAACACUGCCCAGGUGUGCUACUUCAUUGUUGGGGGAGAUGAAUACAACACCUUCAAUCUGGAUCGGUUCUCCCAUGAAAUAAUGGCUGUCAAAGAACUGGACCGAGAAGUAGAUGACCAUUAUACACUUCUUGUGAAGGCUACAGAAGACUGUCUCUCCAAACCUGAGCCUGUUUCCUUCUUUGAUCCAAGGGAUGACACACUUCUCAAAGUUCAUGUCUUUGUAAACGACAUCAAUGACAAUCCUCCAAAGUUUACCCGAGAGGUGUUCACCGGCGGCAUUACUACUGCUUCAGACUUUGGUCUUCAGGUUAUGAGACUGACGGCUUAUGAUCCAGAUGCUGGAGAGAAUAGUCGGUUGCGUUAUUACAUGGAUGGCCGUGUCCAAGAAACAUUAUCAGAAAACUUGGAUAAUGUUCGUCGUUCACCCUUCCUUGUUGAUCCUGUGUCUGGAAUUGUGAAGCUCAACUUUGAUCCUCAGAAAGGAAUGAAAGGAUAUUUUGAUUUCAAGGUGUAUGUCAAUGAUUCAAGUGGAUGGGGAGACCGAGCAAGAGUGUUCAUAUAUUUACUUCGAGAAGACCAAAGAGUGAGAUUCAUUCUCAGACAAUCACCAGAUGAGGUUCGAGAACAAGUAGAAUAUUUCCGAGACUACCUUGGAAAUAUCACUGGAGCAAUUGUUAAUGUUGAUGAUUUUCGAGUUCAUGAAAAUCACGAUGGCACAGUUGACAAGACAAAGACGGACCUUUAUCUGCAUCUGGUGGACCGCAAUGAUAACUCCGUCCUGGAAGUGAAGCAAGUCUUGGCUAUGAUUGACAAGAAUGUGGAACACCUUGAUCACCUCUUUAAGGAAUUAAAUGUGUUGGACACCCAGCGUGCCGAGCUGAUCACCGCCGGAGCCAAGGAGGAAGAUCUGCUUUUCCUGUGGCUGGUUGGAGUGAUCGUCUUCCUCACGUUGCUUCUUGUCCUCACUGUGGCACUCUGUCUGUCACAAAAAGCCCGCUACUCAAGACGACUGAAGGCUGCCACUGCCACAGCCUUUGGAGAAUGUUCACACGAUCCAGGCCUCACCCGCACUUCUGCCGUUCCUAACACCAACAUUCACAGCGUGGAGGGCAGUAACCCCAUAUGGAUGUCUGGGUUUGACAAUGACUGGUACAAGGAUGAGGACUCCCUGAGGUAUCAACAGUUUGUUCAUCAAAGUGAAGGAAAUGACAGUUUGGAUGACAAUGCAGUGGACCCUCACAGCCUUUCUCCUCGAGGUGACCGUGAUAUGCCUUACAUCACUCACAGCAAUGUGCCCAACCCAUUAUCAAGGGAGUCCAGCACUGUGGGGUCCAAUACCCAGCUGAUGAACAAUGAACAUCCAAAUAUCAACGACACGUAUCGAGCCAAUCUCUACCAGACUUUCCACAAGAUUGCGAACCCCUUGGUCGACAAAAAACUUGAAACCACUGAGCUCUGACACAAUACAAAGAAAUAUAUAUAGUUUCAUAAUUUGUACUACAUUUUUAUGAAAGUACUUGGUGUCUUAAGUCCUCAGGUGUUCAUAUAGUCACUCACAAGACAGUUACUAUAGGCUUUGACAUUCUCAGAAAAUCAAUGUAGGUGAUGCUCAAGCUCAAAUGCAACUAAGUGUGCUGAUGUGUGUUACAAAUGUACUUUGAUAUGGAACCGAGACUAAUUUACUGUUGACAAGUACAUGUGUUGCCCAAUAUAUUGAAAUCUGUAAACAGCUGCCAGAUCUGGUGAAUCCACAUAUCAUAGAUUUCACUUAUUCCCAUUUUGUUCAUUCAUAUUUAUUGUUAAACUACUCAUUGACGUGUUUUCUUCAUAGCUCACUGUGAUUGCAUGGUGGGUGCCACAUCGAUGAUAUUUUGUACAAAGUUCCCUGCUUCAAUUAUUUAGCUUUUGUACAUGAAAAUAAAAUAUUAUUUAUCAUACAUUUUGCAAAGCUUCCUCGAUGUUUCAUAUUGUAGAUAAAUGUUUAUACUUUAGGAUAGAUUUUUUUCACUGUCCACUGCAAAGUCAUGUCAGUAUACUAGUAACAUUUGAUACAACGAAUUCUAGUACUGGAUGGUGAUAAUAAAUACUUUCUUAAGUUCCUA